AUGAAAGUUUUCAAGUUGAUAGGAGGGCUAGUCUUCCUCACCUCUGUGUUUUCGGCCUGUUCCGGACAAAAUCCGAUGACUGUUCUGUGCUCCAUAGACUGGUUCAUAGUCACCGUACACCCCUUCAUGUUGAACAAUGACGUAUAUGUGCACUUUCAUGAGUUGCACUUGGGACUGGGUUGCCCUGCCAACCAUGUUCAGCCCCAUGCCUACCAGUUCACCUACCGUGUGACGGAAUGUGGCAUCAGGGCCAAGGCUGUCUCUCAGGACAUGGUUCUCUACAACACCGAGCUGCACUAUGCUUCCAAGCAUACGUCGUCUAAGUACGUGAUCCCGGUGUCCUGCACUGCCCCGCAACGUUCCCCGUGGCCCACGAUGCCCUGCGCCAGGAAAGCAGCCAGCGAGGGAGCCAUCACAACCCGGGAUGGUGAGACGUGCUAUGAGGUGUUCACCUCGUCACAGUCCAGCCGAAGGCCCAACUGUGACUGUCCGCCUUGUGUCUUCAACGAAGAAGGGCAGACCCGGGGCCCAUAUCACCAAGCAGAGGCUCAGGAGGCCCAUCCCGUGCAGUUUUCUUCCUUUGUUAAUACUUCUGAGAACUGGUCUCUUCGCCUGGAUGAUCAGAUUGCGUCCAUGUGA